UUAACUCCAAUGAAUGCUGAUGAUUUAAGAAAUAAACUGAAUGAAUUAAAUAAGAAGCAGGCUGACAUUCUAACGAAAAGAAAGGCAAUAAUAAAUGAGAUCAAAAACUUCUCAUUUCAGUAUAUUAAUUAGCUAUAUUAAUUAGAAAAUAAGAUAACAAAAAGGUUAAAUUAAAUAAUGGAAAGGAAUAGGUAUAAAUAAUUGUAUUGAUUGUUUAGAAGGUAUUUCAAAUAAAUCUUGUGGGUGCAAAGGAAGAACGCGCAGAAAAGUAAAAGUAGCUUGAUGAACAAGUACCCACAACCUUGAAAGAGAAGGAUAAGCGUUUAGCAAAAUUCUUAUUAGGAAACCAUCUCUAGAAGGCGAAAUAAGACUUGAUGGGUGAGAAAUAAAAAGUAUUUCUACUCUCCCCUAUUAUUUAGUUGGAUAAAUAGAUUGAAAUAAAUAAGAGAUUAGAUGAUAAGGAUAAAUAGGAUAUUUAGACUCUGAAAGAGGAUUAAAAUGUAAUUGUUCUUUGAUAAAUUUUUCAGAAGAAGAAGAGUUCAUUAGUCAAUGAAAGAAAGUAAUUAGAGCGAGAGCUGGCUGCAGAUGAAUAUAAAAGAUAAGUAUUGAGUUAUGCUAUUUUAGGUUCUAUUACUUGAACUAUAAAUUAAAAUAAUGAGAGAUUUUUUUAUUACUAAGUAAAUUAUUUGAUGAUCCUUUUAGAACAUACCCUCAUAUUUUAUGGCAGCCAGCUAAAACCAAUGAGGGUAUGAAUCCUCUAAAAGAAUAUAGCACUGAAAAGUUCAAUGUAAAUUAUUGGUUCUAGGAGUAUAGGAAAUGGAGAAAGAUUUGAAGGAGUAACUGUUGAGUGCUUACACUAAUUUCACUGAAUCGCAAUAUUAGAAAUUGAAGGAAUAAUAAGUUUAAUAGGAGCAUGAGAGUUCGUAAUCGGAAAGUGAGGAGUCUUAAGAAAAACAGAAGGAAGAAGGGUAAGAAUGAU